AUGAGGGGGCUUCUUCAGGGUUGCGAGGGUAAGGCCACCGCGCCGCUGACUCCUGGCUUGACAAACCACAAGCCCACCAAAACGAAGCAGCCCUUCUGGGAGCCACCCCUUUCUCUGGCGGUGGCAUCGCCCCGCCCCGCUGCGGCCCGCGUCUGCGCAUUCCUACGCCCUCGCCACGCCCCUCCGAAGCUUUGUGGGAAAUGUAGUCCGACUUCCCGGGGUGGCGGUGCCGCGAGGGGCGUCAUCGGUCCGCAGGCGGCCUUGGCCGCUUCUGCGAGAGGGAGUCUUGCUUCUUACAUCUUUUCCUUCCCUAAGCUCUAUCUUCUCUGGAUCCUGCCCAUCCCCUGGGAAGGACACCACAGGAAGGAAGGAGAAGGCAAUGGCUGCUGGGCCUCUACUUUGGGGAGUUCAGGUCUUUCAUCAUGGCUUUUGUUAACUUUCAUCAUGAGGAUCUUGCUUAUUCCUAUUUCAGGAUUGAAGGAUGUGUCUGUGGACUUCACCUGGGAGGAGCAGGUCCAUCUAGAUUCUCCUCAGAGGAACCUGUAUGGGAAAGUGAUGCUGAGAAACUAUAGGAACCUGGUUUCACUGGGACAUCAGCUUUCCAAACCAAAUGUGAUUUCUCAGCUGGGUUGAGAACUGAAGCUGAUGACAAAAGAACAUUCUGGGUACAUCUCCCCAGGUAAGGAUCAGGCUGCAAAGACUUGUUUUAUGAGUGUCACCUUGGGGCGAAACCACUUCAGAGGUCCCUGAGUCUCUUGAGACCUGUACCAUUUGCUGUGUGUUGUCAUUGAGUCAAAUGUUACAAAUACCUUCUCUAGUAUGUAAGUUUUUUGGGGUUUUUUUGGUCUUCUGAUGCUUGAGACCAUUUAGUCUUCGAAUGUUUAUUCUCCCAUUUGAUUUUUAUG